AUGCUUUCUUUCUCUUAUUCCUUUUUUAAAUUCUUUUAUUGGAUCUUUAUCUUACUCGUUUCUUUCUUUUAUACGUCCUUUCUUUCUUAUAUAAUUUCAUUGAUUUAUAUAUUCUUUUAUUCUUUCUUUUAUUCUUUUAUUCUUUUAUUUUAUUCAUUCAUUUUUAUUCUUUUAUUCAAUCUUUUACUUGUUCUACUUUUAUUAUUUCUUUCUCUUAUUCCGUCUUUCAUUCUUUCUUUUAUAAUUUCAUUCUUUGAUUUACGUUUUCUUUCUUUUAUUGUUUCGUUCUUUUCUUUCUUUUUUUUAUUCGUGAUGUUUAUUUAUUCUUUCAUUCAUUUAUUUGUACAUUCUUUUAUUCUUUCAUUCGUUCCUUCUCUAAUUCAUUGUCGCUUUCUUUUAUUCUUUCAUUUUUUUUUAUACUUCCAUUUAUUCAUUCUUUCUUUUAUUUGCACUUCCGUUCUUUCUCUUAUUCGUUCUUUCUUUAUUCUUUCAUUCAGUUAUUCAUUUAUUCGUUUCUUCUCUAAUUUGUUAUUUUUCAUUCUUUCAUUUAUACGUUCGUUCAUUUUUUACUCUUUUAUUCUUUUAUUCUUUCAUUCUGUCAUUCUUUUUUUUUUUUUUGUACUUUAUCUUCUUCUUUCAUUCUUUUAUUCAUUCAUUCCUUUAUUCCCAAAAUAA